GUGAAUCAUGGCGGAAUGCAAGAAUGGCAGCGCUGCAAAAAGACUCAAAACACACGAGCCCGAUGAUACUGAACAAAAACACACCGACAAUGAGCGGCACAGCGACAGCGAUGAGAUCUCAUCCGAUAGUCCGGUGUCGGGCUUCGAAAUCACCCGCAUUUUGCGCGAGUCUGCGCGGGAAAAAAAUAUCUUUGUUCAUGGAAAGGUGAAGGACCAGGAUGCUGUUGUGAUCCUGGAGAAAAGCCCUAUUAGUCAGGACACACUGCCUGAGUUGCUAAAGAGCAGUACAUUGAAGUUGGAGAUGAGGAAUGAUGUGUACAGCACAUAUAAGCUACAGGCACCAGCUCACCUGAAUGAAAUCAAGACAACAGUGGUGUGCCCUGCAACAGAGAAGCAUAUUAAGAAAUAUUUGCGUCAGGAGAUUUUUCUGGUCGAAGAAUCGGGGGAGGAUUAUCGUCAACUCACACUGCCGUACAUCAGCGGCCAGAGCUUCAGUGUGCAGUGGGUGCACAAUAUCUUGGACAAGAAAGCUGAAGCAGACCGGAUUAUUUUCGAAGAUCCAGACCCCAAUACUGGUUUUGUCUUGUUACCAGAUUUCAAGUGGGAUCAAAAGCAGCCAGAAGACUUAUACUUGAUUGCGAUUGUCCACCGGAGGGACAUUAAAAGUUUGAGAGAUCUUACAUCAGAGCACCUGUCGUUACUGAAAAACAUCCGCAGCAAAGGAGAGUACACCAUUAAGAAGCAAUAUGGCAUCCCUCCCAGCAAACUGCGCAUAUAUCUGCACUAUCAGCCGUCGUACUAUCAUCUCCAUGUUCAUUUCACCUCACUGGACUACGAGGCUCCUGGCUGCGGGGUGGAAAGAGCCCACCUGCUUUCAGACGUCAUUCAAAACUUACAGGCAGAUUCCAGAUACUAUCAUAACCGCAGCCUGACUUUCCCUCUGCGAGCUGAUGAAGGUUUGCUCAUCAGAUUCAAAGAGGCUGGAAAGCUCUAGAAACCAGUGACCUCUGAGGGCCUGACUUGUUUUUGAAUUUUAUGUGGUAAAAUUGUUUUUACUCGUUUUGAAAAUGCCACUGCUAGCCGCUUUAAACAAGAAAAACCUAAUAACAUCACCUGCUCCGUGAAAUAAGAUUUUUUUGAUGUCUUUAACCUUUUAUUUUUUAUUCAAAGAAAUGUGUACAGUGUACUGUUUAUUUUUCUUGAAAUUUUGAAAUCAUCUUUUGGAACCAAUCCUAAUGGAAUCAAGUAAGAGUCAUGAACAAUUUCUAACAGGAGUGCUGUUGGAUAUUGUGUAAAGUUUAUCAGAAUGUGUGUUGUAUUAGAAUACAGAACAGCUAAACUCCUGAAAGAUUAAAGCUUUUUUAAGAUUGCCUACAAAGGUAUUUUAUCCUGUUGCGAUUGCAAACCUCAUAAUCCUAUUGGAGCAAUGUGUUAAUAAAUAUCUAGUUGUUUUGUUCUAUUUGUUGUUUUAGGUAACCGUAAUCAAAUGAGAAAAUCCCCAUUAAAAGACUUUGAAAUUAUACCUGAUUCAAGUUUAUGAUUAGGGUUGUUUUUAAAGGUACA